AUGGCUGCACCCACUCCGCCUCACCCACCCGUCUCCCCCGACUCGGGUCCUACAGACCCCAACCUGCCAAAGCUGCCUGCGGGCUGGAUCGCCCAGUGGGACAACUCAAGUCGCAAAUACUACUACGUCCAGAUCAGCACCGGCGUCUCGCAGUGGGACCUGCCAACGAGUGAAGCGCCCAUUGGCGGGAGCCACCACGGCACACCCGCGCAGAGCACAAAUCCCUACAACAAGCCUGUCGGCUCAGAGGGGCCCGGCGAUGUUGGGGACGGGUCAAGAGGUAUCGGAGGCGAUGGACAGACCGGAGACCGCUCGCUGGGUGGCUUCGCAAUGAACGCGCUCAUGGGCAACAACAAGCAGAGCCACGGCGGCGGCGGGUCCAGCAACCUCGUUGGCCAGCUCGCGGGUUCCUUCCUUGGCGGUGGAAAGCAAAACCAUGGCAGCGGUUCUGGACAUGGCAGUGGUGGACCUGGCAAUCUGGUUGGCCAGCUGGCAGGAUCGUUCCUCGGCGGCGGGAAGCAGAGCAGCUCCGCAGGUCACGGCAAUCAGUCGAGCGGUGGACUCGGUGCGUUGAGCGGACUGCUGGGUGGCGGCAGCAGCAGCAGUAACAACCACGGUGGCAGCAACCCAAGUCACGGUAACCAAUCGUCGUCAAGUGGUGGUGGUGGCCUUGGAGGCAUGAUUGGAGGCUUGAUGGGCGGUGGAUCGCACAAUAAGCCCUCCAACGACUACGGCUACAGCCACGGCUCAGGCGCCUCUUCAGGUGGAGCCUACACGGGCACCGCACCACCAACAUCCUACCAGCCCGGCGGCCAGCACAACAGCGGCGCCCAAAGCCAGCACGGCUAUGGUUCGCCCUCACCCGCACAGCAACACGGCGGCUACGGCGGACAACAGCAACACGGUGGCCCCCCAGGGCAGUUCGGCGGAGGACAACAGCACGGCCAAAACCAGUAUGGCUCUCAGGCGGGUUACGGUGGGCAGCCAGGCUACGGGCAGCAGGGCCCAGGUGGCUAUGGCGCACAAGCUGGCUACGGAGGUCCAGCACAGCACCAGGGCGGCGGCCAGGGCUACUACGGCGGCCCUCAAAAUUACGACAACCACCAGCACAACCAGUACGGCGGUGCACCACAGUACCCUCCUCCCCCCAGCCAGGGUGGCGGCUACGGCGGCCACCAAGGUGGACAUCCAGGCCCAGGUCAGCCCGGAUGGUAG